AUGGAGGCCGAAACCGCCGUCGAGCAGGCGCAGGCGCGCCACCGCAAAGAGCUCAAAGAUCUGCAAGGGCGAAUCACGAAUAAAAAGAAGAAUGCGACUAAAAAGACGCGAAAAGCGGUCAACGAUGACUGCGAGCAGCUGGAGCGUGCGUUGCGCGAGCAGCAGGCGGCCGAGAUUGCUGCGCUCAACGGAGAGAUGCCAGCGGACGAUACAGCGGACGAUGCAGCGGACGAUGCAGCGGACGAGGUCAACCAGACACAACUAGGCGCCGACGAGGCACUAUCGCAACGAGCCGAAGCUGAAUUAAAUCUGGCCACGGAGAAGGAGACGGACAGGGUAGACGACAAUACACAGCAGCAGCAGCAGCCUGGCAAGAAGCGCAACAGACAAAAAGAGCGAUUAGCGCGGCGGGCCGCGGAGCAAGCAGCAGCCACGACCAAAGCCGAGAUGGAAGCUUCCACCAUGACGAACCACCGCGCCAUGGAGAAUGCCUACAUGAAGAAGAAGAUGGAAGCCGAGGGUCUCGUCGAGCAAGACAUUGCGCCAGACGGGCACUGCCUCUUCUCCGCUGUGGCGGACCAGCUACAAACACAGCUAUCGAUUCCUCUUGGUGGCACCACCACUACUACUACUACUACUACCGUGAGCGAGACCAAAGAGCCUGCGUACAAGACGGUAAGACGUGCGGCGACGGAUUUCAUGGCGUCGCACGGCGACGACUUUGCACCGUUUGUCGAGGGGGACUUUGCGACGUACCUGGCGCGGAUGCGCGACACGGCCGAGUGGGGAGGCGAGCCGGAGCUCAUGGCGCUGGCGCGGGCGUAUGGCGUGGGGAUACGCGUGGUGCAGGAUGGACGGACUGAAGAGAUUGGUGAUGGAGAUAAGGUGAUGUGGUUGGCUUAUUAUCGUCAUGGUUACGGCCUCGGCGAGCAUUAUAAUUCGUUACGGCGUCAGCCUUGA